AAGAUGUCUACCGGCACAUUCAUUCGACGUCCGUCCUCUGCAACAAGUUUCUCUCCUUCCAUCUUGCAAUUCUUUUUCGUGUUCCGUUCGAAAUUAUUUGUUCAAAAAUCAAAAUGAAGUUGAGCAUCGCCAUCCUUAUCUGCUGCGCCAUGAUUGGAUCCAUCCAGUCGCAGGGUACCGGUAACAGGCCCAGUUUUAUUCAAACCAUUUUCGCUCCGCUCGGACAAUUCCUCAGCAUCUUCAGGAGACCCAGCCGGCCCAGCGUGUCGGCCGCUGCGGCAGCUUCUUCCGGAAACAUUGACGCCUCGUCCAUCUUCACCGAUCCUCAGGUUCUCCAGGAAUCUUUGAACAGCAUCAACCAGGGAUCGCAGCAGCAGCAAGUCCAGGCCGAGCCCGUCGUCCAGACACAAAUCGUCACGGAAACGCUGACCGUCUUCUCCACCAUUCCGAGCCUGGAACGCGUCACCAGCGUCGAAACGAUGGUCGAGAUGAUGACGGAAACGUUGACGGAAACGGUCAAGACCACCCUGACCAAGACGGAACAUAUCACCAUGACCCACAGCACUUGCUCCUCAUCCGUGGCUCCUUCAAAGGCUCCAGCGGCCAGCAGCAAAGUGGCGGAGAAAGUCAGUCCGUCCGCAGUGUCGACUUCCACUGCGGUUCAACCCACCAAGAAAGCCCGUCUAACGCCAUACGUCGUCAAACGGGCCGUGGAAAUCGAAGCCUCUUCUUCCCUCUAGAAAACCAAAAAAUUCCUUCGUUAUUUGAAGCGGUAAAUUUGACCGAUUCAAAAUCAACUUGUUAUUAAUAUUAUUAUUCAAUCCAUGAUACGUAUACACAUGUGUGUCCCUAUUUAAUUUCCGGACGAUUACACACCAAAAGAAACAAGAAAUAUUGUUUUAAAAAUAUGUUAGAAUGUUAGAAAUAUGUUGCAGGUGACGAGAGUUUUAUGUUAAACUCUUCCGCCUGUCAGUCCUGUAAUAAUAAAUCGAUUUUUAAUCUCUA